GAGACAACACAUGCAGAGUUCGGUUUCGGUUAAGCAAUAAAGUAGCUGUUGGCAAUAUUUUUUUAUUGUUGUUGAUUUAAACAAAAACAAAUUGAGUAUUGCCGGUAGAACCGCCAACGCCAAUAAUAGAAGCGCGUAUUAAGCUGUGUGGCAAAAGUGAGACCAUAUUUUUUUCGAAUUCAUAAUUUUGUUAAAGUGUAUUAAAAGAAAAAAGAAGCCGUGCUUCUCUUCGUGUGCCAAAGCAAGGGAGAAGAAGAGAGCAUUCAAAAAGUAACCAAAACCCAAUAAUAAGAUACAAAUAGAAAAAUAACAAAACAAUUAUCUAGCGCAGUAGCGUGUAAGAGAAUUAAAUAGAAAAAAGUAGCUGCCAUUAAUAUAUAAAAGUCACCGCCAACGCCACCCAAAAGAAAGUGUCGUCGCCGUCGACCCCCCCGUUAGGCCCCGCAAACAAAGUAAGCAAAUAAACCCACCACCAACACAGCAACAGCAGCGCUCAAGACAGAGCAGCAGCAGCGCAGUUUUUCGCAUAACAAAAACAAUAAGAGAGCGGCAAAACGGCGACAGCGUACGUUGUGGCGAUAAAGUGAAAUUAACUUUUAUAAUUUAUUAAUAAUAAUAGCCAAUAUAACAGUAAGCGGAAAACGUCAACGAAAACAACAAAAUAGCACCAUCAGCAGCAGCAGCAGCAGCAGUAGAAGCAGCGCCAACGACAAAAUAAUAAUAACAACAGCAACAAUAUCAAAAUGGCAACACUAAACAAAUUUACAAAAACCUUAUCCAAUGAUGAAAAGACCGAGAUAAAAGAGAAAUUCACAGAGUUGGAUGCCAACAAGGAUGGCUUCAUUGAUCUGCACGAGCUGAAGGAUGCACUCAAUCAGGUGGGCUUCAAGCUGGCCGGCUAUCAGGUGCGCGAGAUGAUUGAUGAGUUCAAGAGCAAACAGCGUACCGCACAUCAGGGCAAACUGAACUUGGAGGAGUUUGAAACACUGUGCUUGGACCUCAAGUCCAAGGAUGUGGCCAGCACAUUCAAAACGGUUGUCUCCAAAAAGGAGAAUCUGGAAACGUUGGGCGGCAUGUCGAGCAUAUCCUCGGAGGGCACCACACACUCGGUGCGUCUCGAGGAGCAGCUGGCCUUCUCCGACUGGAUCAACUCGAAUCUGGGCCAUGACAAGGAUCUGCAGCACUUGCUGCCCAUCGAUCCAGAGGGCAAACGCCUCUAUCUAUCCAUCAAGGAUGGCAUUUUGCUCUGCAAGAUCAUCAAUCACUCCUGCCCCGACACCAUCGAUGAGCGCGCCAUUAACAAGAAGAACCUAACGGUCUAUCGUGAAUUCGAAAAUCUUACGCUGGCCCUCGUCAGCUCCCAGGCCAUUGGCUGCAACAUUGUCAAUAUCGAUGCCCACGAUCUGGCCAAGGGCAAGCCCCAUUUGGUAUUGGGUCUGCUAUGGCAGAUCAUACGCAUCGGUCUCUUCAGUCACAUCACCCUGGACAGCUGUCCCGGCCUGGCCGGUCUGCUGUUCGACAACGAGCGCCUGGAGGAUCUGAUGAAGAUGUCGCCGGAGGCCAUUUUGCUGCGCUGGGUGAAUCAUCAUCUGGAGCGUGCGGGCAUCUCGCGUCGCUGCACCAACUUCCAGUCGGACAUUGUCGACUCCGAGAUCUACUCGCAUCUGCUCAAGCAGAUUGCCGGCAACGAGGCUGACGUCAAUCUGGACGCCCUACGCGAAUCCGACUUGCAACAGCGUGCCGAGAUUAUGUUGCAACAGGCGGCCAAACUCAAUUGCCGCAGCUUCCUGACACCCCAGGAUGUGGUCAAUGGUGUCUACAAGCUGAACUUGGCGUUCGUUGCCAAUCUGUUCAACAAUCAUCCCGGUCUGGACAAGCCCGAGCAGAUUGAAGGACUCGAGUCCAUUGAGGAGACGCGCGAAGAGAAAACUUAUCGCAACUGGAUGAACUCCAUGGGCGUGGCACCGCACGUCAACUGGCUGUACUCUGAUCUGGCCGAUGGUCUGGUCAUCUUCCAGCUGUUCGAUGUCAUCAAGCCCGGCAUUGUUAACUGGAGUCGUGUGCACAAGCGUUUCACGCCCUUGCGCAAGUUCAUGGAGAAGUUGGAGAAUUGCAAUUACGCCGUCGAUUUGGGCAAACAGCUCAAGUUCUCGCUGGUCGGCAUUGCUGGGCAGGACUUGAACGAUGGCAAUGCUACGCUUACCUUGGCGCUCAUCUGGCAGCUAAUGAGAGCUUACACAUUGUCCAUACUCUCGCGUCUGGCCAACACCGGCAAUCCCAUUAUUGAAAAGGAAAUUGUGCAGUGGGUGAACACGCGUCUCUCCGAUGCGGGCAAGCAGUCGCAGCUGCGCAACUUCAACGAUCAUGCCAUAGCGGAUGGCAAGAUUGUUAUUGAUCUGAUUGAUGCCAUCAAGGAGGGCAGCAUUAACUACGAGCUGGUGCGCACCAGCGGCACUGAGGAGGAUAAUCUGGCCAAUGCCAAAUAUGCCAUAUCGAUGGCGCGCAAGAUUGGCGCCCGCGUCUACGCCUUGCCCGAGGACAUUACCGAGGUCAAGCCCAAAAUGGUCAUGACUGUCUUUGCCUGCAUGAUGGCCUUGGAUUAUGUGCCCAACAUGGACAGUGUGGAUCAGAAUAAUCACAAUAACAGCAAUUGAAAAGCGCCAUCUACCAGCAGCAGCCGCAGUAGCAGCUGCAAACAACAAAAGA